AUGUCAACUUGCAAUCCUAAUUCGACUUUAUCUCCCAACCCCUAUCCUAAUCCUAAUCCUGUUCCUAAUCUCAACCCCGACCCAGUCCCGAUACCUCAAUUCUUAUCAACGAUCUUAUCACAAAGACUAGUUUCCGCUCCUGAGAUCAUUCCCGCAGGUGGAAGUACGAGUAAUUCGCCUAAUCCAAAUAUAAAUCCCAUUUCUAAUCCCAUUUCCAAUGAAAAGGACAAAUCUACUUCAACGAAUAUAAUACCACCACUACCGCCACCACCUCCUCCAAAUCCAUUAUAUCUACCUCCUCCUGCAUUACCUAAAAUCGAAGAAGAUUUAGUCCCGCCCGAGAAUUUCUCAUUAGUCUCGACUGGUGUCUACAGGAGUGGAUUUCCCAAGAAACGGAAUUUCGGUUUUAUGGAAACUUUGAGAUUGAAGACUGUACUAACACUUGUUUUGGAAGAUUAUCCAGAAGCGAAUUUGGAAUGGUGUCAAUCACAAGAUAUACAAUUCAUGCAAUUCGGUAUACCAGGAAACAAAGAACCUUUUGAUAAUAUACCUGAAGAUGUCAUUUGUUCAGCUUUAGUAGCUAUUUUAGAUGUUAGAAAUCAUCCAAUCUUGAUUCAUUGUAACAAAGGUAAACAUCGAACAGGAUGUUUGAUAGGUUGUAUAAGGAGGAUACAAUCUUGGUCCCUGACUUCGAUAUUCGACGAAUAUCGUAGAUUUUCUUCACCUAAAUCAAGAGCUGUAGAUCAACAAUUCAUUGAUCUAUUUGAUCUGACUCCAGUUUGGAACGAAGUCGUAUCGUCACCUAAAGGAGGUGGAACAACCAAUUUACCAAAUUGGGGUAAAAUGUUAUCUAUCCCCAGAAGGAUCAUCACUCAAAGCCAGAGUCGAAAUCAGAACUCUUCAUCGUCAUCAUCGUCCUCUAAUGCAUCCUCGACCUCGGCCAUAACUUCCACUUCUACUUCCACUUCCACUUCUACCUCUACUUCGAACGCUUCGACUGCUGCUUCGACCACUUCUAAUGCUAUCAUUGCCCCGGCAAUUAACUUCCUAGAUAGAGAAAAGGAGAAACAACCCAAGAUUAAUCCCUCAGAUCCAAACUCGGAAAAAGCAGAAGCAGUCAAUGUGAAUACCCCACAGAAAUCAGAUGCGAAGAUUCAAUGGAACGAUACCAAAGAUAACAAUAAUUCAAUACAAGAAAUAAUCCAUCUCGAAAAUGGAAACAAUGGAAUAGUAAAUACCGACGAUGAGUGGAAAAACAUCAAUGGCACACUACACCUCACUUCGAAAGUUGAACAUGUUGCUAUAUAA